AGACGCGGCGUUCCCCGGUCACCUGGUAUCAUUUCUUGUUGUUUCUUUUCCUUCUUCUUCUUUCCUACCAUCCAUCUUCAACAUCACCACCACCCUCACCACCACUCAACUUCCUCAACAACCGAGGUGCCACCACCACCACAACAUCUGUCCAAAGCGGAGGGCAUACAGCAACACCGUCCAAUUAUUAUUAUUAUUUUCUAAGAAUCCGGUGUAUACUUACUACCUCUAAAUAACGGCACAAUGGCACCCAUCAAGCCCCACUGGGUCCAGCCCUCCCACCCGGACCGUCUUCACCUCAUCGUCAACGAGGCCGAGUUCACGUCCAAGAGCAUCUCCAAGAUUGCUCUGCCUCCCUUUGCGCUGUUCGCCAAGCUCGAGUACCCCCCAUGCACGCCGGCCGAGAAGCCGUCGUAUGCUACCGUCCAGUGUGGCCGUGACAAGCACCUGGAUUUGAACAGCGACUUGCUGUAUAUCAACCACUCUUGCGAGCCGUCUCUUAUCUUCGACACGGGUAACAUGAACGUCAUCGCCGGCCCGAAAGGGAUUCAGAUUGGCGAGGAAUUGACCUUCUUCUACCCCUCAACUGAAUACACCAUGGCCCAACCCUUCACCUGCCUCUGCUCCAAACCCACCUGCCGCGGCCGCAUCUCCGGCGCCCGCGACAUGACCGACGCCCAGCUUUCGGGAAUCUGGCUAAACGGUCACAUCCGCGAGCUGCUCGAAGAACAGCGCGGUGGUCCCAACUACGACAACAGCCUCUCCUCCUCCUCCUCUUCCUCCUCCACCACCAACACCAACACCAACACCACCACUGUCUCCCCCACCAACGCCGCCUUUACGACCGCCUCAUCCGUUAACGGCGAUUCAGCUGCCUACACCACUUCCGAACAACAGAAGAAUGUCAAGACUGAAGGAGGUGAAUUGGAUCAGAUUGCUCAAAGCCUGCGAGAUGCGUUGACGCAUGCGGAGAAGGUGGUGGAAGCCGCGAGGAACGCGCUGGUGAGCUAUGUUGGUGCUGUCAAUGCCAAUGGCGCGAAGAAGGAGGGGGUUCCCGAGGGCGCGCAGAGAAGGGGGCCGACGAGUAGGGAGCUUAGUGGAGAGAUGGGGGGUGAUACGGAGGUUGUUGUUUAGGGGUGUGUAGAUGUUUGCCUUUUUGGGUGAAUUGACACUGGAUACCUUAUGAAGGGGAAGGGGGAGGGGUUGGGUAAGGUAUCUGGUGGAAAGGCAAUGCGGUCUAUACAUGCCACAUUUUUGGUGGAGGAGGGUUGCUGUCUCUUUUUUCUUGGACAUGGGGGGAGCUUCCAAAAGAGAGAUGAGAAGCCUGAGGAAUCUGCCGUCCUGUCGUUACCGUUCGUUUGAAUUUAUAAAACUUUUGAAAA